AGAGGUGGUUUGUGAUCCGGCGAACGACUAGGUGACCCAGCUGGGAAAUCAAGAAAAAAACACGUCUUGAGAUCACGUGACGUUCCGGACUGGGGUAAAAGCAUCUAAAUAUCGCCAAGCUACGGUCAUCUCCGACCUCCAUCCAACGUUGUGUGUGUACGACUGAUGUGAGACGAAGCCCUCUCAGCCGGCGGCAAGACCACGUGAGCCUGGAAAAUAUGAUUGAGUGAUAUAGACACGGAAACAGUGACAUCAUAAUUCGCGAAUAUCAUCCCACUUUGUGACAGUCUGUAUAAGUAAUAUAUGUGUGGUUGGUCGUGCAUGAAAAAGGAUGUUUCGGAAAAGUUGCUAAUUUACAACGGUCGAGUUGGAUUUAUGUGAUGAAAUAAUAUGUAGUGCACGAUUCAUCACACACACUCGUGUGGGUUCCAGCUUACAGACAGUGACUAUUUUGUUGACGUCCCGUGUGAUGUAUGGAAGCGAGGUUGUAUAUAUAUUCAGACCCACAAACACUGAAUAUUUCUCACAUACAUAAGAUGAAAUGGACGAACGGAUGUUUCUUUGGUGUAAAGGGAUAUCUUCACGUGUGUGAUUGUAAGAUCAAGUGCGAAUGGACUAGCAUAUCUGUGACUAAACUUCGCUACCAACUGACUCCUAAAACAGAAGGCAAAUGAAGAGGCUUAAUAAUAGCAGGACUAGAUUGUAGAAUACGAACGCAUUUGACGUCAAGGAAUGCGUUUUGAAGAUUAAUCACAUCUUAUGUUUACAGAUUGUUAAAAUGGGAAAUCGUGUGGACUCUUGUCUUUGAUGUUUUCGAGUUUUAAGCAGAGACUGUCGUAACGUUGGACGUGAGACUAUUAAACUAUUCACUCAAGAGAUAUAAACCUCUCAAAAGACGGAGUGUACCUAUAAAACUAUGAUUUGUGAAUAGCUAUGUUAUACGGAAAAACACGAAGUCAUUUCAAAGAUUGCCAGUGAAACGUGUUCAUCUGUUUCCUGAAAGAGAACCCCGUUCUACCUGUGUUGAUUGGAAAGCGGCGAGAUGAAAGUCUUUACCUGGAUUCUUCUGUUUAUGUACCAGGUGGGCCACGUUCACCUCGGCACAGAUGGACACGUGCAAGUCUACUUCAACAUCCGACAGCGGGGAUCACACUACACGAAUGAAGUUGGAUGUAUCUUUCCGAAAACGUUGCAAAUAGUUAUAAAAGAUGGAAAUAAUUCCAUCAACCUUCACCUUCAUAUAAACAAUGAAAUAGACACACACGUGCCGCUGUAUAUUUCGGAUUUGACGUCAGACGGGAAAUAUUACGUCAAAGUGUACCGCCCAUCACGUGCUUACAAUAGUUUCGCAGCGUACCAGGACAUCAGUUACGGGGCGGCCAUGUUGGUUCAAUGUGCCGGUUGGGACGGGCUGGCACCGUCAUUCGAUCUGGAAGGAACAUUGUACCUUGACGGUAAAAAAUACAUGUUAAAGAAAGUCCACGUUGGCUUCCGGGGAAGGAGGGACGCCACAUAUACCAAUGACGACAAACAUCACACGUACAGCUUAACGCUGGCACCAGAGGAGGUUAUAGAUCAAAUAAAAGAUAUACACCGCACGCGACGCGAGACGUCAACAUCAGAUGCACGUGCGCCGCCCCGCAAUGCACGGACUUCACGUGCAGCAAUAUCCGACUACUACGUGGAUUGUGUGGUGGUUGUUGAUUUCGCUAUAUAUCGGGGGUGGGUCACACAAAGUAACAACAUUCCUGACAAUGCACUGGCAAACAUACGCCGGUACUUCGCGCAUGUCAUUAACGGGGUUAACCUCCGCUACAAGACAAUGGAGGACGUGGAUUUCAGGAUCAACGUCAGGCUUAUAGGCUACGUCAUCGCCCAGACAGGAGUAGCCUCGCCGUGGACGGAGAAGACGAAGACGUUCAGGAACGGUCGUGAACAUGUAAAUGCUGACGACGUUCUCGAGUCACUGAAGACGUGGGUCACCACCGUCCCCAACAUGCCCCGCCACGACCACGUCAUUCUGUUUACUGGGUAUGACCUGUUCGGAGAGGACAGCGGCUUCAGCUCGAACUAUACCACAGGUUUGGCAUUUAUUGGAACCAUGUGUCAAGGUGAAGGUCGAAGUGUUUCUGUCGUCGAGGACCAUGGGGGGUUCCAAAGUGUUGGCACCGCGGCUCACGAGCUAGGGCAUAGUCUCGGUGCCGAACACGACGGACUCAACAACACCUGCACACCGGCGGAUAGAUACAUCAUGGCCGGGGCGUCUUACAACGAAACGUCCGCCAAUAAAUAUAAUCCGUGGAGGUUUUCCCCGUGCAGCAUCAACUACUUCAAAGUGUACAUCGACGGCGUCAUUAACAACGUUAAGGAGUCGACGUGUUUCCGGUCUAAGCUGACCCCUGUCGGUGUGCCCAACAUCACGGGGGAGAUGGCGGGGCAGCUGCUGGGGCCUGACGAGCAGUGCAGACACAUAUACGGACCUACCUCAUACCUCUGCAGGGGUGAAAAUUUCGGCGACGCAACUGACAUAUGCCGCGCUAUGUUCUGCCGGAACCCCAAGACGGCCAACAAGUGCGUGCUUCACUCUGCCGCCAGGGGAACGUCGUGCGGGAACAAGAGGUGGUGUGUGGAGGGACGGUGUGUGGGUCAUGUCAAGGCUCCUCACAGACCAGCUGGAUGUCCGUUCGGUGACCAGACUGGCGUGGUGUCCGGAGGCAAGACAUGUAAACAGAUUGUCGCAGAGGCUUCUGGGUAUUGUUACGUGAAGGACUUCCGGACACGUUGUUGUUCCUCCUGUGCCGGCAUCAACUCCAAAGUGUCUGGGUGCGAGUACGGAGACAGAGUGUUGGACUGUCAGCCAGAUUACUGCGGCCGCAAGUUCAAAGAUGGGACUUUGUACAAUACCGACUGCUGCGGGACGUGCAACUACGCCCCGCCCACAACAACGCCACACCCGAGCCUCACUUCCACACCGGAAGUCCGAUGUAGGGACCAACCAGAGAUCGAGAGUAUCACGUGCCCAGAUUAUGUUGCGUCAGCGGGGAAAUACAAAUGUUACCGAACCGAUGUCUACAACGCAUGUUGCCGCACGUGCGAGAAUGUCAAAACGGUGUCCGCACCAAGUUGCCCGUGGGGAGACAGGGACCCGGGUCAGUGCCAACAGCUGGCUGCCAACAUUAUCAGUAUGUGCCCCAGGGACAUGUCCAGUUCCUGCUGUGAGACAUGUGACGUCAUCUUCAAACGGACCAAUCCGACAUCGUCUUUCACGGAAACUUCCACGUCAGCACCACGUGGUCCUACGGGAGGAAGUUCUGAAUUGUGCUCACUUUCUAUUCUUUGUGCGUUACCAAACCUACUUCUGUUUGUGUUGAUAGCCUUCAGUAGAUUUGUACGCCAUUUAUGAUAAUUGGUCAUAAUUUACGUAAACCCAUUUUGAGACCUAUCAGCAUUUCUAUUUUUUGAAGAUGCUCUCUCAUUGACAUAUUGUCACCUUCUUAAAAUUUCCACAAUAUAAUUCCCCCAUGCCCAAGCUGUGUACAGUGAGACCCCGUUAAUCCGAACGGUUUUUUCAAUUGAAAUUUAAAUCGCCAGCAUUAGCAAUGUAUCGGAUAAACGAAGGUGUGUGUGUGUGUGUGUGUGUGUGUUCGUGUGUGCGUGUGUGUGUGCUGCCCUAUUGCCACAAAACGUUCAAAUUAUUAGCAAUCGUAUGAAGUGGCCUAUUUUUAUAUUUUCGGUCUGAAUUUAAAUAUGUAAUUUAGGCAACACACAUUGUUUUCAAGUUGAAGUGAAAUGGGGUUUACCGUCGGGUUCAAGAUUAUCGCACUAAUAUACCGACGUGCACGUAUGUAUAAUGCUGUUUGUACGAGUCUACACUUAUGUAGGUUUUAUAGUGCCAGUCCACUGAGAUAUAUCAUGCUGCGGUUUAACAUGGAUGCCCAACUCAGACGGAGUGUACUGAUUCCGAACCAACCAGUUCUUGUUUUAUCCCCUUAAUGCCGAGCGCCAGGCAGGGUAACAACAGGUACAAUCUUUUCGCGUCAUUUGGUAUGACGCAGCCAGGAGUUCGAACCACCGACCUUCCGCUCUCCGGGCAAAGACUGUAUCCACUAGUGCCCGUUAUUACAUUGGGUGAGCGUCUAUGAGGCACAUUGAUCUACAGGUAUCUUUAUCGAUUCCGAUGUAUAAAGUGAGCUACAACACCUUAAUUACAUUGGUACACCCGACAUGGUUAGUCAUUUCAUGGGAUGAAUGAUGUUUAUUCUCGUAACUCACGGCAGUGAUACAGAGAUGUAAUUGGAUACAGGAAUUAGAUACAAUAGGAGAAAACAUGUCAGUGGAACAUUUCCAUACAUGAUCUUAUAUAACUCGCCAGUUUGAAUAGAAUUGGCUUAUAAGUAAUGGACAUCAAAUGAGAGAAUUUUAUGGCAGAGGGAUACAUACAGUAGUA